GAACUGUGAGGUUUUGCUGACAUAAUUAGUGUUACACUACAAUGGCACUACUACAUUACUGUUACUAUAUGGGGACAGUACUUUCAUUUUAAGUAGGAAAGUGUUAAUAAUUUGGCUUAAUGUUUCUUAACUAAAAUUAGUUUUAAAAGAGGACUGAGUUGGCUUAUACACAUGUAUGCGGUCCAGAGACCUACCUGUUAAAAUGUCAAUGCCAUUACAAUUUCACUUUUAUGCCAGCUAUCAUUCUUGAACUUCAGGCUCAUUAACUCUCAUACUAUCCCCCAAAACCUUUCAACAAUUUUGAGAGUGUAUUUUAUGUUAAUAUAUAAACUAGUUCAUAAUUUUGUUCCAGACUAGAAAUCAGUAUUUAAUAAAUGGAAAAAAUAAGACACUGAAAAUCUUUUAUUGAAUAAUGUAAAUUUUCACAGAGGCCUCUGAUCAUACUUUUCAACUUGUGCCUAUUUAUUGAAUAACCAACAUCCUUACAGUUAAUAUUAAAAUCUUUAAGUUGUGUGGGGUUUUUUGGAGGAGAGGGAUGGGCAAUUACCAGCAAACUCCGCCUCCCCCAAACCUCACCUAACCCGAAGCUCCCCGCCUCAGGCUCCCGGGGAGCCAAGGGGUGGGCUGAGGAACGCAGCCUACUUUUACCCACCUCCCUACCUAGUGCUGGGAAGUGACGGAAACGGAGACACCCGGCUCCUGGGGCUGGGCUCGGAGGACCCAUCUUGCUUUCCCUCUAGCAGCCUUUCCGGAGCUCACCUUUCCUCCCCUCACACCGCCAAAGCCCUGCCUAGCCCUCCACCGCCGCCUGCACCCGCGCCCUCCUCCAGCCGACAGCCAAUCACAGUCUUCCACAGCUCCAGGUUUACAGAAGUAACGCUCCUUGGGCCCUCUGGUCCCGCCCCCUCCAGAACUGCUUCCCGCCCUUCGGGCUCCUUGUCCAAUCAUGAGCGCCCGAGUGCUCUUUGGUGCCCGUCCCCCCUACCCGCCCUGCCGAAGACCCGCCUUCUUCUCCUUAAGCCUGACGGAAUCACCUGACUCGGAGGCGCUCCCUCAGAAGGAAGGAUACUAGAUGGAAACUUGAGAAAGGACUGCUUAUUGAUAACAGCUAAGGUAUUCCUGGAAGCAGAGUAAAUAAAGCUCAUGGCCCACCAGCUAGAAAGUAUUCUUGCCAUGAGAAAAAGAAUGUGAUAAGUUAUUCAACUUAUGAAAUUCAAGUUACAUGUGAAUUCUGCCAGGCAAUACAAGGACCUGUGGAAUAUGAGUGAUGACAAACCCUUUCUAUGUACUGCGCCUGGAUGUGGCCAGAUCAGACCCCAACACCAACAAGAUUCUUGAAAAACUGUGAAGAAGUGGGUUUGUUUAAUGAGUUGGCGAGUCCAUUUGAGAAUGAAUUCAAGAAAGCUUCAGAAGAUGACAUUAAAAAAAUGCCUCUAGAUUUAUCCCCUCUUGCAACACCUAUCAUAAGAAGCAAAAUUGAGGAGCCUUCUGUUGUAGAAACAACUCACCAGGAUAGUCCUUUACCUCACCCAGAGUCUACUACCAGUGAUGAGAAGGAAGUACCAUUGGCACAAACUGCACAGCCCACAUCAGCUAUUGUUCGUCCAGCAUCAUUACAGGUUCCCAAUGUGCUGCUUACAAGUUCUGACUCAAGUGUAAUUAUUCAGCAGGCAGUACCUUCACCAACCUCAAGUACUGUAAUCACCCAGGCACCAUCCUCUAACAGGCCAAUUGUCCCUGUACCAGGCCCAUUUCCUCUUCUGUUACAUCUUCCUAAUGGACAAACCAUGCCUGUUGCUAUUCCUGCAUCAAUUACAAGUUCUAAUGUGCAUGUUCCAGCUGCAGUCCCACUCGUUCGACCAGUCACCAUGGUGCCUAGUGUUCCAGGAAUCCCAGGUCCUUCCUCUCCCCAACCAGUACAGUCAGAAGCAAAAAUGAGAUUAAAAGCUGCUUUGACCCAGCAACAUCCUCCAGUUACCAAUGGUGAUACUGUCAAAGGUCAUGGUAGCGGAUUGGUUAGGACUCAGUCAGAGGAAUCUCGACCACAGUCAUUACAACAGCCAGCCACAUCCACUACAGAAACUCCGGCUUCUCCAGCUCACACAACUCCACAGACCCAAAGUACAAGUGGUCGUCGGAGAAGAGCAGCUAACGAAGAUCCCGAUGAAAAAAGGAGAAAGUUUUUAGAGCGAAAUAGAGCAGCAGCUUCAAGAUGCCGACAAAAAAGGAAAGUCUGGGUUCAGUCUUUAGAGAAGAAAGCUGAAGACUUGAGUUCAUUAAAUGGUCAGCUGCAGAGUGAAGUCACCCUGCUGAGAAAUGAAGUGGCACAGCUGAAACAGCUUCUUCUGGCUCAUAAAGAUUGCCCUGUAACCGCCAUGCAGAAGAAAUCUGGCUAUCAUACUGCUGAUAAAGAUGAUAGUUCAGAAGACAUUUCAGUGCCGAGUAGUCCACAUACAGAAGCUAUACAGCAUAGUUCGGUCAGCACAUCCAAUGGAGUCAGUUCAACCUCCAAGGCAGAAGCUGUAGCCACUUCAGUCCUCACCCAGAUGGCGGACCAGAGUACAGAGCCUGCUCUUUCACAGAUCGUUAUGGCUCCUUCCUCCCAGUCACAGCCCUCAGGAAGUUGAUUAAAAACCUGCAGUACAACAGUUUUAGAUACUCAUUAGUGACUUCAAAGGGAAAUCAAGGAAAGACCAGUUUCCAUUUAUGCGAAAUCUGUGGUUGUAAAUUUUUUUUUUUACUUGAAAUUAAAUUUGGCUCUAAAGUUGGUGUAGCAGCAGUUGAUCAGACUGAAAAACAGUUUUUAGUCUCUGGAAAAAGACUGAUUUUGCUUUUUUUAUAAAUAUUAUUAGAUUUAUUAAUUUUUCUGUGCUCAAUGUGUAAAUUGUAUUAUAAUUCAUUGUGAUUUAUUUCACUUUUAAUUUGCUGGUGUUUUAAUAAAUGGGGGUGUUACUGAAUCUUUCUUCCCACUUCCAUUUCUUUUGACCACCCCUUAACCCUCAACUGUGAUGGUAGUAGUAUUAUCAUUUAUACCAAAGUUUUGCAUAGUCCCUGUUGACUUUGUAAUGUUAAUGGAGUCAUAAAAGCACUAGGCAAGAGAAAGAUAGAAAUUUGCUUUUAAUCUUUUUGCCUUUUAUUUUGCACAUUAUGCAAAAGGAAAAACAUUAAAGAACACUUUUUUUUAAGUGAGUGAAAACAUGGUAAAGACAUACAGUGCUUUUAUGCACAUUGUUAAGCUAAAUCAAGGUCAUUUAUAAUCAUUUUCCUUUUUUAUUUAAGAUUUUAAGUAAACAAAUUUUAGAAUUUUCAGCAUUUCAAAAAUGAUUUUAUUUUUCAAGUCUUAAAUUCAAUAUUUUACACCUAUGUUUUGAGGCUAAAAAUAUGAAAUUAUAUAAUGUAUGAUACAGGGUUAUCAAAUAUCUAAUAAUUUUUGAAAUUAGCUCUUGUUUUUGUUUUUUUUGUUGUUUUUACAGAUUUCAGGUUACAAACUGCAAAGUUUAUGCAUAAUUAAGUAUGGUAUGGUUGCCAGAAAAGCCUAAAAUUACUACUUAGAAAAUUUAAGACUGUUUACCCCCAUUGUCUUGUACUUGCGAGCUAACUUGUACUUAUUCUUGUGAAAGCACUGUCAUCUUUUAGUAGCAAAUUUUGAUAAUGUUUCUCGUGGAAAAAAAAAUCAGUAUCUAUCUUUAGAACAAUGUAAUUAUAAUGUGGGAAGUGUGCAUGAAUGAGAGAGAGUGUGUGUGUAUCUGUGUGUGUGUGCGCGUGUGUGUGUCUUUCAAUAGUUUAUGCCAGCAAUCUUUGCUUGAAUGUUUAACGAUGCCUUCAGUGUGAUGCUGGCCAAUAGAUGAUUGCAGUUUAAAAUGUCAUUAUUGUGCAGGCUUGGAUAACUAACAUUCCAUGAUGUAGCUUGUUUCUGAUGAGAUGAUUGUAGGUACAUUUUUCUCAUUAUCCAAUCAUCUGUGGGAUACUUAGUUUUCUAAUGUGCCAUUAUCUAUUUUUAUUCUGCAGUUAUGUUCAAAAUACAGUACAUAUUUUAAAAUAGAAUAAAUUGUUAAACAUAAAAUUUUAAAAGUAGUAGAUGUGCGUAAGAAAACUUUGUAAAAUAGUUAUGAGUCCUACCCAGUAGCAACUUCUGGCAUUCAAGCAGGAUUCCACUAUGUAAAUAUCUGUAAUGCAUUUAUAAUAAGUUGUGUAGUUUGUCCUGCAUCCAUACUACACUAUUUGCUAAAGUCUCAGUGCCAUCUCCUAAUGAGACUGACAUUUUAAAAGUCUGUAUGGAAUAUCCUUGAUAAUUCAAGGAAAUAUCCCUCCUGCCUAAGUUCCAAACUGGGAAACAUUCAAAUUAUAUAAAUGACAUUUCAGGACUUUAAAUAUGAAGAUAAUGGGAAUUUUAUUGUUUUGCUUUUUAAAAUGAGAGCAUUUUUAUUUGAUAAUUUUUCUUAAAUUUUUAAUUUUUAACUAAUUUCAUUAUUUUGUUUGUUUUUUAAUUUCAUUAUUUUAAAGUAAUCAGUUUUUCAAAUCAUGAUUUUGAUAUCAUUAUUCUAAGGAGUUAUCUCAAAGGCACAAAAUAUGAAUUCUGCAAGAAGGCUAUUUUUUAUUGUAGUUUGAAUGGGUUAGGAAAAGCCUCAAUUUUUCACUCUAAGUCCUUCAGUACAUUUUUCUUUCAUCUUAUUACUUAUGCAAGUUAAGGUUCUUUGGUAACAGAAUUCUUGCAACUGUAAAAUAAAACUACAUAGAUGUAAGAAGUCAUGUAAACGGUUAACAAGCUUACCAAGGUUAGCAAAACUUUCAUUGUAAAUCAAUCUGUACUGAGCAAAUAAAAAUCAUUAUUAGUUGUAUAAACACAAAUUCCAUUUUGACUUUCAGGAUGUCAUACUACUUCUGUACCUAGCAUUUUCAGUCCUUAUAUUUGCAAUGUUACACAAACUGUACUAUUUUCUUUUAUGUGCAGUUUGCAUGAGUAAACCAUCAGAGAAUAAAUUCUAUCUUUAAAUUAUGUUCAUAA